ACAGGGUGAGGCCUCCUCGCCUUCGCUGCUUCCAUAAACCCCCUUCGCCUUUUCUUCUCAAUUCUGUACAAAUUUUCAGACGCCUUUUCUUUUUUCUUGCUUUUUUAAAUUUGAAUAUUUUGUUUUCCAACCUUUGAUCCAUGGAGUCUAUGAGGAAGGAUGUGGAUCGGAUUAAGGGUCCAUGGAGUCCAGAGGAGGAUGAGUCGUUGAAGAGUUUGGUUCAAACCUACGGACCCAGAAAUUGGUCGUUGAUCAGUAAGUCGGUUCCUGGUCGUUCUGGAAAAUCUUGCCGUCUCCGAUGGUGUAAUCAGCUUUCUCCUCGGGUUGAGCACCGCCCGUUUACUGCUGAAGAGGAUAACGCCAUUAUCAGAGCUCACGCCAAAUUUGGGAAUAAGUGGGCCACCAUUGCUCGCCUUUUGAAUGGCCGCACGGAUAACGCGAUUAAGAAUCACUGGAAUUCGACGCUCAAGCGUAAAUGCUCCGCCAUGGGUGAUGAUUUCAACGAUCCGGAUUUGCAUCAGCCUCUGAAGAGAUCUGCCAGCGUUGGUCCAGCUCCAGUCAUCGUCGCUUCCGGGUUUGGGUUUAACCCGAGUAGUCCAUCCGGAUCCGAGUUGAGCGACUCGUCUCUAUCGCCGCCGCUGCCCGUAUACAGACCCUUAGCUAGAAGCGGUUCGACUGUUCCGUCGAAUCAUGAGCAGGUUGCGAACUCCAACGAUCCUCCAACCUCACUGUGCCUCUCAUUGCCAGGAUCCAUAUCGACAUCCGGGUAUGGAUCGGAUUCAGUCGCGAGCCCGACCCGGAAUAUGGUUCAGGCAACUCCUACCACAGGCGGGGUUGGCAGAGAAUCGGAGUUAUUUAGUGCGGAGUUCUUAGGUGCGAUGCAGGAGAUGAUAAAAAUCGAAGUGAGGAAGUACAUGUCUGGAAUAGAGCAUAAGGGUUGGCAUUUGCAGACGGAUGCCAUCAGAAACGCUGUGGUGAAGCGUAUUGGAAUAAGCAAGAUCGAUUAGUAGUAACGGCAGAGCCAAACCCCUUCGGAUUUACAGAAAUCACAAUAAUUUUGGCAGUGUACAGGGAAAGAAGAGCGAGAGAGAACAAGAGAGAAAUUCAAUGGUUGAUGUCCUUAAAAACUUUCUUUCAUCUCAUGAAUUUUAAUAGAGCAUGAAGCAGCCAAGUUCUAUUCUAUCUCUGUGAAUCAAAUCAAUGAGACCCCAUCCACUCUUUCCUCCUCCAACUUGUAAUUAAUUUAGGACCCAUGAUUGAUUUGACACAAAACGAUGAACUAUUUUGGUACAGAA